UCAUAAAAACUGAAAGUCGGCACAUUUUCCUGGUAAUCCAAUAUCGAAACUAAAUGAGUUGUCUAAAGCCUACAGAGAAACGAAACCUUCUUGAUUCCCCUCAGUUUCUGUUUUCUUGAGACCGUGAGCUCUAUAUCUUUCCAGCAGACAUUCUGAUUCCCUCAGUCCUUUUUUUGUCAGACGACAUGAAACCGGCACAACUUGAAGAAUCCCAGUCGCUCAAUUCUGCUUCGUCAGAUGACCUGGAGCCGGGCGAACUUGAAGAAGCAGCAGCAUCUCCUAAGCCAUGCGGUCUGACUAACAUCCUAAACGAGCUCUAUGAGGAGAAAGUACGCCCCUGUAUCGACCUGAUCGACUCUCUGCGCUCACUGGGCGUGGAGCAGGAUUUGGCUCUGCCAGCUAUUGCCGUUAUCGGGGACCAGAGCUCGGGGAAGAGCUCCGUGCUGGAGGCUCUGUCUGGAGUGGCGCUGCCAAGGGGGAGCGGAAUUGUGACACGAUGUCCUCUGGAACUGAAGUUGAAGAAAAUAAAAGCAGAGGAUGAAUGGUAUGGUAAAAUAAAAUACAAAUUAGAGGAAAAGACAAUUAAGGAUCCCUCUGAAGUGGAGAAGUUUAUUCGAAAAGCCCAAGAUGAGAUUGCAGGUGUUGGUGUGGGUAUCUCUCAAGAACUAAUAAGUCUGGAGAUCUCUUCCCCUGAUGUUCCUGACCUCACGCUCAUCGACUUGCCAGGAAUUGCCCGAGUUGCUGUGAAGGGUCAACCUGAGAACAUUGGGGAACAAAUCAAGAACCUGAUAAAGAAGUUCAUCACAAAGCAGGAGACAAUUAAUCUGGUUGUGGUGCCAUGCAAUGUUGACAUAGCAACAACCGAAGCCUUAAAAAUGGCACAAGAAGUGGACCCUCAUGGUGAACGGACUCUAGGCAUCCUGACAAAGCCAGAUCUGGUGGACAAAGGCACAGAAGAGACAGUUGUGCAAAUCAUCCUCAAUGAGGUCAUUAGCCUUGCAAAGGGCUACAUGAUUGUCAAGUGCAGGGGACAGAAGGAUAUUAUAGACAGGGUGUCACUUACUGAAGCACUUGACAAAGAAAAAGACUUUUUUGAAGGACACAGCCACUUCGGCGCCCUCUUUAAGGAAGGCUAUGCCAGCAUUCCACAUCUGGCUGAGAAGCUGACUCUGGAGCUUGUGCAGCACAUUGAGAAAUCCCUGCCCCGACUGGAGGAUCAGAUCCAGAGAAAAAUAGCUUAUCUAGAAAAAGAGCUAGAAAGGUAUGGAAGAGGAUCUCCCACAGACGCAGCAGACAGGAAGAUGUUUUUGAUUGAUAAAGUGACCGAAUUCACACAAGCCAUUUUCAACCUGGCCACCGGUGAAGAGCUGAAGCAUGGAAAUAAAGCUAGUCUCUUAUCUGUACUGAGAGAUCAGUUUGAGAAGUGGAAAAAAAUCCUUGAUGAAUCUGGAUCAAAAUUCAACCAGAAGAUUGAGAAUGAAACAUAUGAGUAUGAACAGAAUUACAGGGGCAGAGAACUUCCUGGCUUUGUCAACUACAAGACAUUUGAGAUGAUAAUGAAGGAGCAGAUCAGCCAGCUGGAGGAGCCUGCUGUAAAGAAGCUUAAAGAAAUUUCAGAUAUAGUGAGGAAAGCAUUUAUACAACUUUCACAAGAGAGCUUGAUUGGAUACCCAAACCUCCAGAAAACUGCCAAGGCUAAAAUUGAAUUCAUAAAGAAGAACAAAGACACUGCGGCAGAGUCUAUACUAAGGACUCACUUCAAAAUGGAGAUGGUAGUGUACACCCAGGACAGCACUUACUCUCACAGCCUGAAGAGAAUGAAGGGGGAGGAUGGGAAUGUGGUGAAUGGUUUUGGGUUUAAAAGCCAGAAUUGUAGCGAACGUACUACGUUACAGGAGAUGGCCAUGCACAUCAAGUCUUACUAUUGGAUCGCUAGUCAGCGCCUGGCUGACCAGAUCCCAUUGGUUGUACGCUAUGAGAUCCUGCAGGAGGCAGCUAGGCAGCUACAGCGGGAGAUGAUUGAGCUGCUGCAAAACAAGGACAGUGUGGAUGACCUGCUGAAGGAGGACUAUGACAUCGGCACCAAGAGGAAGAACCUGAUCUCCAGGCUCAGUCGCCUAAAGCAAGCACAAAACCAUCUGCUGUUUUUUAGGCUGUAGGUCGUUCUUAGUGGAAGAACCUCAUCAUGAUAGGUUUGAUUUUUUGUACAUUAAGAUUUAUUAUUUGUAAAUCAAGUUUAUUAUUUAAAGAUCAAAUAUUAUAUAAGGUUAGACUAUAGUAAUUUAGGUGGUUUAUGUAGGGAUGGUAGGGUCACAUGUCUCUGUAAACCUAGCAUACUGAUGAAAAACAAAUGACAAAUAGGAAAAACAAAUAGAUA